AUGGGAGAUUCCGGUGUGCCCGGCACCAGGGACCUUUCAGCCGCGUGCACAGCGGCCUGGACCCCGGCCAUAAGGGACGGCCGCCGGGUGGCUCGGCCUCCCACAGGGAGGACACAGUGUACCCUCGGGCCCCCUUUCCCCGAACGAACCCUCCGGAACCAGGUUUCUCUGCCUUGCGCUCGGCCAGGAAACAAGAAUGCGCGGAGGAAGUGCCACGCCAGGCCCGGAGGAAGCGCAAACCGAACACACGUCUGCCCUGGUGAGACUCGUGGUUUCUCGGGGGAAGUACCACGGCAGCGACAGAGACCGCCAACGGCAGAGCUGCGGUGCGAUCGCAGAGGCUGGGACACCCGCCUUCGAGCCCCUGGGGUGCCAGGACUGGGUGUGGCGCCCCCCACGUCCACGACUCCCCGGCGGCGGCGGGAGCGAGCUGCAGGACGGGGGGCCGUGCAGAGGUUCAGACCCUCUCCCGGGGCCACCGAGCUGGGCCACGCAGGGAGCUGUACCUGCUCCGUCGUUCGCGCCUGGUCCCCGGCAGGCAGGCAGCUCCAGUGCACAGCAGGGACCAGCAGGGACGCCCUGGCCGGGGCCCGGACCUCUCCUCCGAGUGUCCACAGCGUCCUCCCGGUCACAGGAGCCGGGAAUCUGAGAGACUGCCCGGCUCUGGUCCCCAGCCCCGGAGAACAGGCCUCCUCCAGCCUGUCCCACAAAGAGAAGGGCUCCCAGGAGGAGGAGAACCAUGAAUCACGGUGGAAAAACCAGGGGACGUGAUGCCCAGCGCCUGCCCUGCCGAGUGGCACGUUCCCCGGAGGGGUGUCAGCCGCUGCACCCGGACUGUGCAUGGGCCCCCUCCGAGUUCCGUGGAGCUCUGACUCGGGGACCCCGUGCUCCCCACCUGUGCCUCGCCGGGGGUGCCCGCUGCCCCCAGCACUUGGGCUCACCCUUCUCUAGUUCCCUUCCCCAAGUUAACGGCACGAGGUUCAAGGGCCCCUUGAAACACAAAACUUGCAGAGUCCAGUUGUGUGAACCCGGGCAUUCUCCCUGCCGGCCGUCAAAGUGAGGUUGUUCCCGUCCCGCGUCCUCACGAGGACCUGGUCCACGCCGGGCCCGCUGGCGGCAGUGCCGGUGUGGGGGCCUGCCCCCCAGGCCCACGUUCCGCAGCCCUGCCCCCUCCGAAGCAGGCUCAGCUCACUCCUCCCACUGCCACGGGGUCCAGACCAGAGCUGGCCGGGAACCCAAGGAUUUCUUCAUUUGUCCCCAUCUGCCCUCUCCGGGCAUGAUCUCUCCGCACUCUUAAAGAACAAUUAAAGCAAAACUUACAAAGAAACUGGGGAACUGCAGAAGACAGGUCCUACCGUCGGCCCCGGGGAAGGGAGCACAUCACAGAGUGCCCUGGGCUCCGGCACCACGGGACAGCCCCCCGCAUGCCCCUGUGCGCCCCCUCCCCUCCUCUGUAGGCAGCGCCCCUGGCCAGCGCCCCUUCUUACCGCCUGGGAGGCUCCCCCUCAAGCGGGCUCUCCCCCACACAGCGGCCCUGGGCCUCUGCCCGGCCUCCCCUCCAGGCAAAGCCCCCAGGCAUCCGCACCAGCCCCCAUUCCGCCUGCCACUCACAGACACGUUUCAUCUGCCGGAGAGCCCCUCGCCAAGGGCCAGCCCCGGCCAGAGUCCCUGGAUGUGCCCUCCCUCGGUCCCCAGGCCCCCCUCCCAGGAAGGAGCGUCCCCUCCACCACCGGUCAAAGCAAGACUCGGGGCCACUUCCCAGCACAGGCACUGAAGGCUCCCCCAGGGCAGCAGGGCCCACUCCGGACGACCACCUGGGGCUCAGCAAGUUCCUCCGGCUCGCCCUGCCCCCCACCUGGCACAAGGGGACCACAGGCCGGGCAGAGAGGGCACUUCAGAGGGACCGUCGUGGGACCUGUCUGCGGAGACCAUCAGGGCACAGUGCAGUGACCUCUUCCUCAGGGCCUGGGGCCUCCAGCCGGCUCGGCGACCCAGGCCGGGCGCCCAGGAUGGUGCGGGGCAGCCAGGCUAGGACAGAAGUGGGGAGACCCGCCGGCACCGUCCCCAGCCCCUCGGCGGGGUAGGCUUGGCCGGAGGCGGGCGGCCACGGUCCUGCGGGCUCCCUGGAUGUGCAAAGCGGGGACGCGCCGAACGCGCCGCCUCCCGACGCCCCGGCGGGGCGCCCUGCCCGGCCCCCGCCAUCCGCGGCCUGCGAGCGGCCGCCCUCCGCCGGGCCAGCCCAAAGCCAGGGGCGCAAGCAACGCUGCAGACCCGCGCGCGGGCCGGGGCGGCGGGACCCGCGGUCCUCAAGUGUCCGCGGUGCCCAGGCCACCGCGAGGCAGGCCAGGGCCGGGGCUGCGCCCUCCGCACGGAGCCCGCGCAUCCCCACGGCGGACCCCGAUCCGAGCGCCCGGGACCCGGCUCCGCGCGGCCCCGUCCCUCGGUCCGCCUCCGCCGCUCCCGCCCCGAGAUGCCGACACAAAGGGGACGCC